CUGCAGGGUGAUGGUGCCCGGCGGGCCAUGCUGCUGAAGCUCCUGCAGAGACAGACCUACACCUGCCUGUCCCACCGAUAUGGGCCCUGCCUUUGCCUCGGAGGCAUCGUCCUCCUGAUCGUCUCCGCCCUGCAGUUCGGCGAGGUUGUAUUGGAGUGGAGCCGGGACCAGUAUCAUGUCCUGUUUGACUCUUACAGGGAUAAUGUGGCUGGGAAAUCAUUUCAGAACAGGCUUUGCUUGCCUAUGCCUAUUGAUGUGGUGUAUACCUGGGUGAAUGGCACAGACGUUGAACUGAUCAGGGAACUGCAACAGGUGAGGAAACAGAUGGAGGAAGAACAGAGAAUAAUAAGAGAAUUUCUUGGAAAGAAUGUGACUGAGCCAACAAAGAAAAGUGAGAAGCAACUGGAGUGUUUAUUGACGCACUGCAUCAAAGUGCCAAUGCUUGUCUUGGACCCUGCUUUGCCGAACAACAUUACUCUUAAGGACCUGCCAUCUGUUUAUCCUCUGUUGCGAUCUGCCAACAAUAUAUUCUCUGUUGCAAAGCCAAAAAAUCCUUCCACCAAUGUGACGGUAGUUGUUUUUGACACUGCUAAAGAAGCGGAAGAUGCCCAUUCCCUGAUGUUGAAGGAGAGUAUCAAGCAAACAGCAUGGAGGGGAUAUUUGACUACUGAUAAGGAAGUUCCAGGUUUAGUGAUAAUGCAAGACUUGGUUUUCCUGAAAGGAUUUCCACUUACUUUCAAAGAGACAAAUCAGCUAAGAACGAAGCUGCCAGAAAUCCUUGUUUCCAAAAUAAAGCAGUUGCAGCUUUAUUCAGAAGCCAGCGUAGCGCUCUUGCAACUGAUCGAUCCCAAGAUUUUCCAGGAGCUGAACAAGCAAGCAAAGAAGAAUAUGACCAUAGAAGGGAAAGAGCUGACACUUAACCCUGCUUAUUUAUUGUGGGAUCUCAGUGCCAUCAGCCAGUCUAAACAGGAUGAAGAUAUUUCACCCAGCCGCUUUGAAGAUAACGAAGAGUUGCGGUACUCAUUGCGAUCAAUAGAGAGGCAUGCCCCAUGGGUGCGACACAUCUUCAUAGUCACAAAUGGGCAGAUUCCUUCCUGGCUCAAUUUGGACAACCCUCGGGUUACUAUAGUAACACAUCAGGACAUAUUCCAGAAUGUGAGUCAUCUGCCUACAUUUAGUUCCCCUGCCAUUGAGAGCCAUAUUCAUCGCAUUAGAGGUCUGUCCCAGAAAUUCAUUUAUUUAAAUGACGAUGUGAUGUUUGGGAAGGAUGUCUGGCCUGAUGAUUUCUAUAGUCACUCCAAAGGUCAAAAGGUUUAUUUGACUUGGCCUGUGCCCAACUGUGCUGAAGGAUGUCCUGGUUCAUGGAUUAAAGAUGGUUAUUGUGAUAAAGCCUGUAACAAUUCUGCUUGUGACUGGGAUGGAGGUGAUUGUAUUGGUAACGGUGCGGGUAACCGUUAUGGUGCAGGUGGUGGAGCUGUUGCAGGCAUAGGGAACAUCCCAUCCUGGCAAUUUGGUGCAGGAAUCAAUGGCGUUUCUUACUGCAACCAAGGCUGUGCAAAUUCAUGGCUGGCUGACAAAUUCUGUGAUCAGGCAUGCAACGUUCUCUCUUGUGGAUUUGAUGCUGGUGAUUGUGGACAAGAUCACUUUGGUGAGCUGUACAAGAUAACUCUUCAAAAGAAUCAGACUCAUUAUAUCAUUCCAAAAGGUGAAUCUCUACCUUAUUUCAGCUUUGCUGAAAUAGCCAAGAAAGGACUGGAAGGUGCUUAUAGUGAUAAUCCAAUAGUACGCCAUGCUUCUAUUGCUAACAAAUGGAAGACAAUCCAUCUGCUGAUGCAUAGUGGAAUGAAUGCAACUGUGAUUCAUUUUAAUCUUACGUUUCAAAGUAAAGAUGAAGAAGAAUUAAAGAUGCAGAUAACCUUAGAAGUUGAUACCAGGGAGGAAUCCAAAUCGAAUACAACUUCCACCCAGCAACCUGAAGAUGAUUUGAAAGCUACAACUUCAGUGCCAGAAGCUGAAAUGAUAUUUGAGGAUAUUCCUGAAGAAAGACGUUUCCCAAGAGUUAAAAAACAUCUCAAUGGUACAUCCAAGUAUUUAGAUGAAGAAAUGGCAAUUCAGACAGUUAAUGUGUCUGCACUUCCUGAAGUUGUAAAGACAGCUCUCCAGAAUUUAGAAUUACAGCUAAUCGUUGGUGACAUCACUCAGAAAGGUUACAAUCUGUCCAAGGCUGCUCUCCUAAGACCAUUCCAGAUGAUGCCUUCAGAAACAAAGGCAGUGCUAAACAAUUUCCAGGAAACAAGAAAAAGGGAUGAAGGGCUGAAAAAUGUUGGAAAGACCACGCUUUGGCAGAAACCUUUCCAAAAUGGCAAGGGAGGCAAAACGGUAGAUACAGAAAAAAUGCACAAUAUGUCUCCACCAGGAUUUGUACCAACAAGUAGCAUUCUUGUGGAAAUGAAGGUGACCAGUCAUUUCCCCCUAAGAUACAGCUCUGCAAUAAAACUGACACCCACACCUGGACUCAGGAAUGUGGAUAAAAAACAUGGAUCUCAUGAGAAAGCCCUGAAUGCCCUCAUGCAGAAAGAAAUCCAGGAAAGGAAAAUUGCACAAAGAAAGAGGAAAGAGGCAGAUGUUAAUCCAGCAUUUUCUCAGGAAGAUAUCGCAGGAAGUCCAAGAAGAAAAUUACAGUAUUACACUGGAAAUUAUCAAGGCUUUUUGCCAUGGGAAAAACAUAAGUAUUUCCAAGACCUUCUUGAUGAAGAAGAAUCAUUAAAGAAGGAGAUGGCUUAUUUCACAGAUAGUAAACUCAUUGGAAGACAGCUGAAAGAUACAUUUGCUGAUUCCCUCAGAUAUGUAAAUAAGCUUCUAAAUGGAAAAUUUGGAUUCACAUCUCGGAAGGUCCCUGCACAUAUGCCUCAUAUGAUUGACCGAAAAGUCAUGCAAGAAUUACAGGAUCUAUUUCCUGAGGAAUUUGACAAGACCUCCUUUCAUAAAGUACGCCAUUCUGAAGAUAUGCAGUUUGCCUUUUCAUAUUUCUAUUAUCUCAUGAGUGCAGUUCAGCAACUGAAUAUUUCCCAAGUUUUUGAUGAAGUUGAUACAGAUCAGUCUGGAAUAUUAUCAGACCGGGAGAUUCGUACAUUGGCCACAAGAAUUCAUGAACUCCCUUUAAGUUUGCAGGAUUUGACAGGAUUGGAGCAAAUGUUAAUAAAUUGUUCUAAAUCCCUUCCAGUAAAUAUAACUAGAAUUAAUAUCAUACCACCAACUCAAGAAGCAUAUUAUGAUCCCAACCUGGUAAGGAACAGUUAUAAUCCUCCAGUGACUAAAAAUCUGCUAAUGAACUGUAAGCUUGUGACUGAUAGAAUUCGCAAAGCAUAUAAGGACAAAAACAAAUACAGGUUUGAAAUUAUGGGAGAAGAAGAAGUAGCAUUCAAAAUGAUCCGUACGAAUGUUUCUCACGUAGUUGGACAGCUUGAUGACAUACGAAAAAAUCCCAGAAAAUUUGUUUGUCUUAAUGACAACAUUGAUCAUAAUCAUAAGGAUGCCCAGACAGUAAAGGCAGUUCUUAGGGAUUUUUAUGAAUCAAUGUUUCCCAUCCCAUCACAAUUUGAACUGCCAAGAGAAUAUCGGAACCGCUUUCUUCAUACGCAGGAGCUUCAGGAAUGGAGAGCCUACAGAGAUAAGCUGAAAUUUUGGACACAUUGUAUAUUAGUAACAUUGAUUGUGUUCACAGUCACCUCAUUUUUUGCUGAGCAGCUAAUAGCUCUCAAACGAAAAAUUUUUCCAAGGAGGAAGAUUCAGAAAGAAGUUUGUCAUGAACGAAUGAAAGUGUAAAAGAAUGUUUAUUUGUAAAUCAGUCUACCUCAACAUGUGAUGAGCAUGUAAAGACUUUAGUUUCAGAAAUGUAUUGAUAGUUAUGUCUUGGGCAUGUGCAGAAGGGUCCCGGUCCAUUAUUGUUAUAUUUCUGUGUGUGAUCCAUGCUACUGAAUUUAGAGAGGGAAAGUAAGUUUGUGAUGGAGGAAUGGUUGUGUUGCCAGCUUUCAAAUGUUUGUGACUCACAAGUGAUCUUCUGAAAGCUUUAUCCUUUUUAUAAAAAGGGUUACUGAAAAAUAGCUGCAUUUAUUGCAGUAUCCAUUGCCAAUGAAAUAUAAUACUGGAAAGUUAUGUUUCUGGUGGAUGUGUAAGCUUCUGUCGCAAGGCUCUUGGUGAACUAUUGACCAUUCAGUUACUUCUUUUGGUUUUUUUUAUUCUACUCUUUGAAUCAGAAAAUAUACAAAUUUGGGCUGUAAUUAUUGCAUCCCACUAAUACAAAGGGUGGGGUACAGGAUAGCUUACACUGAAAUCAUUAUCACAAUUAUGCCAUGGUAUUCUUUGCUGCAGCCAGUUAGAUCAAUAGGCGCAUUUAUGGUCCUAAUUUCUCCUUUAGGUUCCUUAGUAGAUUACUAAGCACAGCUGGAAUCCCCAUCAGGGUUAGAGUCCUACUGUUCAUCUAUGGGAGCUGCUGUGAAUCUUGCACUUUGCUUCAAGCACAAAGGGGCAGAAUUGCUGCUUAACUUCCCUGCCACCUACUCUUUGUAUAGUAUUUAUAUACUAAUGGGUUCAACUCUAAGAUAUUUUCUGAAUGAAAGAUUGGAAAUGUUAAUUCCCUGUUGCUAUAUUUUCUGCUACUAGGUACAGAAAAAAAAUGAUACAUAAAUGCUACUUGAAUCUGUGGUGCCAUUGUAAUGCUUUUGUUGAUCAAAACGUAAAUUGAAGCUCAAUCUACUUAACUGCAUUUUUAGUAACAUUAAUAAUUGAAUGCCUAAUUAAAACUUAAGGUUACAAUCAAGUAAAAGAGGCUUAGAGGUAACUGUUAUUUAUACAAAUAUGUACAUUUUAGCAGUAAAAAUGGGUCGCUACACGUUGUCAUACAUUGUAUUGUUUUGUAAAUGUAUUAGCAUGAUAUAGAAUAAUUUCUCAUAUCAUGUUUUUAGAAAACUGGGAUUUGUUCUGUGAUCUGCUUUCUUUAUCAAUAAUUUUCCAAAAUCAGGAGCAGAAAAAAGGACAAUUAAAAAAAAUAUUUUGAAAGGAUUAUCUUCAGUCAUGAUAACUUUACUACAGUUUAGAUUACAUCAGUCAUUUUAUAAUGAAGAUAAAAGAUUUUCAUUGUAUAUAUGCUGUAAAAUAUAUGUUUUCUUUUAAUAGAUAGCAUCACUGAUUUAAAAUGUUAUCUGGCAUGUGUGUCAAAGAAUGAUCAAAUAUUUAAUGUUCUGAAAAAUGUUAAAUAUUUCCAAAUAAAAAGGCACCUUAUUCUUUAUCCAGAAAGACACACAAUUAAUUUUAAAUACAAUAAAUUUCUUUCAGCUUC